GCAGCAGCAGCAGCAGCGGACCUUCAGGUGUCUGAACCGGGGAAGCUGCAAACUGCACAUCGGAGCCAAUGGAGGAUUGAUACCGAGGCGGCAUGGCGGACAGAGACAAACGGAAAGCCAGCCCUCCGUCCGGCCGCGGCGUCCAGGUGAACUCCCCGGCCAGCUUCAGGUUGACCCAUGACAUCAGCCUGGAUGAGUUUGAGGAUGACGACCUGUCUGAGAUUACAGAGAUCACAGACGAGUGCGGGCUGAGCCUCAACUGCAACGGCCCGGACAUAAAGGGCCAUGUGAGGCGAGGAACCAAUCACACGUCGGGGAGGGCAGAGCUCGGCGCCGUCGGCCAGCUCCAGGCAGAGAUGCUGCAUUUGGACCUCAUAGACGGUGCUGACGGUUACCGCGGUGACACCGAGACACUGAAGGCGUCUGCCAUCGCACCCCCUCCGGCUACCAAGGACCCUGCAGCACCUGUUACCAUGGAUACCUACCGGCCCAAGAGACCCACGACCCUUAACCUCUUCCCAAUUGUGCCACGCACACAGGUAAAGCCUGCAUUAAUCUAAUACACACACACACACACACAGUUUGUGGCAGAUGAAAAUUGAUCCACAUCCAGUCGGAGCGGAGGGAACGUUUCAGUGGAGAAAUAAAUAUGAGAUUCACAAACAGAGCUGUGAAUGGACGACCUGCGUGACAUCACCACCGGCUUCAUCACCAUUCCCCCUCUGACAGGAUUUGUUUACUGGACUGAACAAUAGCCUCAGUUGUCAC